AGCCUCCGCCCCUUAGCCCCCGCCCCCAGCUGCCAGUCCCCAGCAGCUCAGUCCUGCAGUGAGAGUCUUGGGAGUCCAUAGCUAAGCACCAGGAGCUGAGCCCUGUCCGCUGUGCCUGCCUGCAAGUCUCCGACAUGGCUCAGGAGAAAAUGGAGCUGGACUUUGAGCCUGAUACAUCUGAUGGGGGCACCCUGAGGAGAUCCAGCAGCGCUCCCCUGAUCCAUGGGCUCAGUGACCUUUCCCAGGUUUUUCAACCUUAUACCUUUAGAACUCGGAGGAAUAGUACAACGAUUAUGAGCCGUCAUAGCCUGUUGCUGUCGUCCUCGCCUAACCGUGUUCCUAGCAGCAGGCUGCAUCAGAUCAAAAGGGAGGAAGGCAUGGAUAUGAUGAACAGGGAAACUGCACACGAACGGGAAGUGCAGACAGCAAUGCAGAUAAGCCAGUCAUGGGAUGAGAGCUUGAGCCUGAGUGACAGCGAUUUUGAGAAGCCGGAGAAACUAUAUUCUCCUAAAAGAAUUGACUUCACCCCGGUGUCUCCAGCACCAUCGCCCACUAGAGGAUUUGGAAAGCAAUGUUUUUCACCAUCCUUACAAAUGUUUGUGAGCAGCAGCGGGCUGCCCCCGAGCCCCGUUCCUAGUCCAAGACGCUUCACCAGCAGGAGGAGUCAGAGUCCAGUCAAGUGCAUCAGGCCCAGUGUUCUUGGUCCUCUGAAAAGAAAAGGUGAAAUGGAGACAGAAAGCCAGCCCAAGAGGCUCUUCCAAGGCACUACCAGCAUGCUGUCUCCAGAGGCUGCACAACUGUCUGAUCUCAGUUCAUGGUGGUGUUAUCAAGGAGAAGAAAUCCCUGCCUUGACCAGAUGUGUGGAGCAUCUACAAAUGAAUGAAUAAUGUUAUUUACACCCAAAGCACUGUGUAGAAAAGCAUGCAUGGGGCGUGACAGCUUGUCUCGGGUGGUAUUACGAGGCCAGAGGUGCCUUGGGGUACAGUGUUGUGCUGUAAAGAUGGAUGUCUUAAGGUAGGGUAGAAAAGGGGGCUUUAAUGUGUCUGAUUGCCACAUACUGUAUUGAUUGCUGCUUUUUUUUUUCUGAUUAUUUUUCUGUCCUUGGAUUUGUUGGUUUUGUCGCGUGGUGAGUAUGUGCUGCCGCUGACUCUGUUUGGGUUAAUCAUGUUGCCACCAGAGUCCAAAUCCAGUUCUUGUCGAUGCUGCCUCCUAGUAAGGGCAGUUUAAUAUCUGUGAGGAAGCUUUUAGGAGCUGAAACAAGCCGAUGUUACUGUGCAUUCUGCUUUUAAGGAGCUGUUUGAGCUGUGAACAGUGUACAUGAUAGUAAGUCCGAGGUACCGUAAGUUAUUUAAUUUUAAAAAGGAAAAUCCUGAUAGAGCUAUUUAAAAAAAAAAAAACGAGUGUAAUCUAUCGUUUUGUUAUUUAUUAUUUAAAACUGUGUAAAAAUGUCUGUUGUGCUUGGUUGCUUUUUAAUGUUCAGACAUCGUGGUUGGAUUGUCUGUGUUUAAUAUGCAAAUUUGCCUGCUAGGAUCACAAUAUUCCACUUUUGAAAUGAAUGUAAGAAAUGGAAACUACUGCCCCUGUGUCCUUUGAAGGCAAAGAUUCUUGAAUUUUGAAGGAAGAUGAUGCGCUUUGAGGGGGCUCACAGAAUAGUCCUACCGUAUGGCUUGAGGGGAAAGCGAUCCGCUUUGACUUACAAGAAGAGCAUCACUUAGCUUUGCAGUGAGUAGUUCUGUUCCGGCAUCCGAGGUGGUGUUGAUUCUCAACUGUACUAACCGCCCCGAUGGCCAUUAACGGCUUGAUUUCUCGUAUUGCUUUCACCCGUGCAAGGUCCCUCAGCUUUGAAACCCAACAUCAAUGUACAUACUAUGAAGCGUGUUCCCUAGCGUGCCAUUUUUAAAGAAUUACUGCGAUGGUAUCCUGUGUCUGUCCUGUUUCUGAAAGAACUGCAUUCAAAUGUUUCUGCCCAUAUAAUGCCGAGAGAUGGUUUUCUCUUUUACAGGCUAAUCAUCCACUUUCGCACCACUGUCUUCUUUGCCUUAAAGGGAUACUUUUGGCCAUGAUAUUUUUGGGCUCUAAUUUAGGUCUCGUAAGAAACAGCCUUCGGAAUGUGAUGGUAUUUCAAUUUCUUCUUGAGAUCCAGUGGUGGGUGAGAAUUGGGACAGGAAACUGUAGUCCUUAACAGUAGUGUGAGAACUAGGAGACGAGAUGAGUCACUUCAUCGUUGAGCCCGGGGUUCGUUUUUAUUGUUCAAAUUGACUAGAAAGUUAAGUUUAUGCAGGGAUUGUUUUGGAAAAAAUAAAAGACAGAGAUGCUAGCCUUCAGAUGAGCUUUGUUGACAGUACCCCUUUAUUUUUAUAUGAAGUCUAAUAUUUGAAAAGUGGUCAUUAUUAUAAAGUAAAAUUCUCUCUUCCUAUUCUAAUAUAUCAUAUUUCAGGCUUCUAUUUGAAAGCAAGUACAAGAGAUGAUAUCAUAAGAAAAUCCUACAGAUGCUCUUUUUGCUUGACUAACUUAUAUAAUCAUACUCUGUUUCAUGAUAACUGCUUUUGGAAUAAAUAAUAGGAAGUUUUGUGAAAUGCUGAUCUUGUGUAUAUCUUAGAAUGCAAAUUUAAUAAAAUGUGUACACAUGCAUAAAAUUCGAUA